AAAUACAAUUAAAAUCGCUCCAGCUUGGGAAAUCAGCACAAGUAAAAGUUGUAUAUUUUUGAUGAAUCGAAAUUUUCAAAAAAAAAGUAUAAAUAUAAAUCAGAACAUAUCAAACACGCAUAACUCUACAUAUUAAAAAAUCUAUUUCGGUGUUUGGUAUUUUUAAAACGGCCUCAAAAUUGGCAAAAUAAGGAGGAAUAAAAAAAUGAGCUACAACGAAAAGUGUGAUAGUAUAACAAAGGAAGAUUGGAUGCGAAAAUUGGAACAAUUUCCAUAUAAGCAAAGCGAUAUGAAUCGAUUAAUUAUGAAUUAUUUAGUAACUGAGGGAUUCAAGGAGGCUGCAGAAAAAUUUCAAUUAGAAGCUGGACUUGAACCGAGUGUUGAAUUAAGUUCAUUAGAUGACCGUAUACUUAUACGAGAAGCAGUUCAAAGUGGCCGCAUACAGGAAGCUACACAUCUCGUAAAUCAAUUGCAUCCCGAGUUGCUAGACAACGACCGUUAUUUAUUCUUUCACCUACAACAGUUGCAACUUAUUGAAUUAAUUCGCGCUGGAAAAAUUGAAGAAGCCUUAACAUUUGCUCAAAAUAAAUUAUCCGAAGCAGGAGAGGAUAUUCCUGAAGCACUUAACGAACUUGAACGGACUUUAGCACUGUUAGCUUUCGAGAAACCACAAAAUAGUCCUUUUUCUGAUUUAUUAGAACAGGCACAUAGGCAAAAGAUUGCCAGUGAACUGAAUGCAGCCAUACUUAAGUGCGAACAUAGCACUGAUUCAACACCUAAAGUAAUGUUCUUACUAAAAUUAAUCCUUUGGGCGCAAUCGAAACUAGACAUUCGGGAUGUUCAUUAUCCAAAAAUGUCUAAACUGGAAACAGCUCUCAUUGAGAAACCCAAAUAGUUCAAUGGAAAAGUGUAUUGCGUUAGUUUAUGGAAGAUUGAUGCUUUAUAAAUUGGAAAUAUGUAACCAGAAGCAAAGUGGUUUUAAGAUUUAUUAGCUGGCGUUUGCUUUCUUAGUAAGAAAUAUUAAUAUUAAGAUAUGUAUAUGUAAUCGUGUGUACAUUCUCUACGAAAUAAAUAAAUUCACAAAUGUAAACUC